CGGCGUCGUCGUUCCUCUCGGUCUCUGAAGCUAGCUAGCUAGCUGCCUAGCUCAUUCAUCAUCAUCAGCUCCUACGAUCCAUCCCUCGAUCUCCCUCCCCCUUCCGCGCGAGCAGCUGCAUGCUCUCCCGGCCCAGUGUUCGAUCUCCAUUGCUAGUACUAGCAGCAGAUGAAGCAUAGCAUAGCCGCCGCCAUGGCGAGCAAGAAAGGCCGCGGCGGCGGCUGCGACAUCCAGGCCACCGGCAUCGACUACCGCAUCGCCGUCUCCACCAACCCUCCUCUCAAGGUGUGGAGCAGGUCAGACGACGACGCCCAGGAGCAGAACCACCUCAUCAACAACGGCGUCCGCCACGUGCUCCGCAACGUCUCCUGCCGCGCGCGCCCCGGCGAGCUGCUCGCCAUCGUCGGCCCCAGCGGCGCCGGCAAGUCCACCCUUCUCGAGAUCCUCGCAGGCCGCCUCUCCCCGUCCCCGCCGCCGGACCUGCAUAUGCAUAUACUCCUCCUCAACGGCGCCGCUGCCGCCAGCGCCGACCUCCGCCGCGUCUCCGGCUACGUGACCCAGCGGGACGUCCUCUUCCCGCUGCUGACCGUGCGCGAGACGCUGCUCUUCAGCGCGCGCCUCCGCCUCGGCGCGACCCUGCCCGCCAAGGACAUGGACGCCCGCGUCGACGCGCUCCUCGACGACCUGACCCUGCGCCGCGUCGCCGCCACGAGGAUCAAGGACCUCUCCGGCGGAGAGCGGAGGCGCGUCUCCAUCGGCGUGGAGGCCGUCCACGACCCCGCGGUGCUCAUCCUCGACGAGCCCACCUCCGGCCUCGACAGCGCCUCGGCGCUCCAGAUCGUCGGCGCGCUCCGCGCCAUGGCCGAGACGCGGGGCCGCACCGUGGUGCUCAGCAUCCACCAGCCGGGCGCGCGCAUCGUCAAGAUGUUCGACUCCGUCCUCCUGCUGGCAGCCGGCUCCGUCCUCCACCACGGCACCGUGGAUCAGCUGCGCUCCCUGCUUGCCGACGCGGGCCUCGGCCUGCCCCCGCACGUGGACGCCGUCGAGUUCUCCAUCGACUCGGUGGACGCGCUCCGCGCCCACCGCCGCCGCGCCGACGGUAUGCAGCAUCCCCAGCAGACGGCGUCCUCCCGGUGCACACUGCAGCAGCUGUUCCAGCUGCACAGCAGCAAGCAGCAGCAGGAGGUGGCUGCUGCUGUCCCCACGGCCACGGCCAAUUCGCGGGCGCGCGAGGUGGCGGUGCUGACGCAGCGCUUGUUCAAGAACGUGGCGCGCACGCGGCAGCUCUUCGCGUGCCGCACCGUGUGCAUGCUGGUGGCCGGGCUGGCGCUGGGCUCCAUCUUCUACGACCUUGGCGAGGACCAGGUGGCGGAGCGCGUGGGCCUCUUCGCCUUCCUGCUCACCUUCCUGCUCUCCUCCACCACGGAGGCGCUGCCCAUCUUCCUGCAGGAGCGCGACAUCCUGGCCAAGGAGACGUCCUCGGGGGCGUACCGCGUGUCGUCCUAUGCGCUGGCCAACGCGCUGGUGUUCCUGCCCUUCCAGCUCGCGCUGGCCGUCGUCUUCGCCGCGCCGCUCUACUGGCUGGCGGGGCUGCGUCGCACGGCGCCGGCCUUCGGCUACUUCCUGCUGCUCGUGUGGCUCAUCCUCUACACGGCCAACUCCGUGGUGGUGUGCUUCGCGGCGGCGGCGCCCGACUUCGUCGUGGGCAACGCCGCCAUCCAGGGGGUCAUGGGCUCCUUCUUCCUCUUCUCCGGCUACUUCAUCGCCAGGUCCGCCAUGCCGGGGUGCUGGGUGUUCAUGCACUACCUGUCGCUCUUCAAGUGGCCGUUCGAGGCGCUGCUGGUGAACGAGUUCGCCGGCGGCGGGAGGUGCGCGGUGCGGGUGCUGGGCGCCUGCGUGGCCACGGGGGACGAGGUGCUGCGGCGCGAGGGGCUCGGCGAGGAGUGCCGGUGGCGCAACGUGGGGGUCAUGGUGGCCUUCGUGGCGGCCUACAGGCUGCUGGGCUACGCCGUGCUCAGGGUCAGGUGCAGCUGCAACAGGGGGAAUUCAAAAGCCGCUAGCUAGCUAGCUUGUGUGACUGAUCAAAUAAUUCAAAUGUGCUAUCACCUUAGUUUUAAAAAAUGUGCUAUUACAUUAGUUUCAAAAAAAAUGUGCUAUUACCCGCGCCA